GUCAGGUCACACUGCAAACACACGUGAAGUAAACGCCAGCAAAAUGAAAACGCCGAAAAAUAAAGGAAAUGUGAACGGUGAAUUAAAACAGGCGAAGAAGCCACCUGUUGUUGCCCCGGAGAGCAAGCUAAUCAAAAAGAAACAAAAGAAGCCAAAGCAACCCAAGACAGAGCAGGCCGCAGUGAAAAAGGCGGUGGACAAUGAGAGUCCAAAGAAACUGACGGUAGCAGACCUGGCCAAGAUCGAGAAGAAGCGGGCCAAAAAGGCUGGCCAGAAGCUAAAGAAACAGCAACAAAAGUUAUUAAAAGCUUCCGCUGCACCAACAGAGAAAGAGGUCAAGAAAGAAACUAUCAAGUCCGAAGAAGCAACUGAAAAAGUGACCCCCAAGACAGCCGCUAAACCAGAGAAUAAACAGCUGCAAAAGGCCACCAAGAAAUCCAAGGCCAACAACAAGGAUGAAGGCGCUGUCAAAUGGGAGCGGGAUCCUGCCGAGGAAGCUGCUACCAUUUUUAUUGGCAAUCUUCCCAUCAACACCAAGCGCGUCCAGUUGGCGCGCCUCUUGGUGCCUUAUGGCAAAAUCAAGUCCGUACGCCUUCGCACAGCUGGUGGCACGCGAUUGUUCAAGCACAAACAGCGCAAGGGAACGGACUCACUAAACGCCUACGUUGUGCUCGAAAGUGCCGAGAUUGCUGCGAAGGCGCUGGCGUUGAAUGGCACAGAAUUCAAGGAGAAUCACUUGCGUGUAACCCCAGCUGCAAAGUCGGGUGGUGGUGGUGGAGAUAAUAACUUGCCCCAAGAUGCCGAUGCCAAGCGCACCAUCUUCGUCGGUAGCCUAAAAUACUCGGCCAACGAGGAGAAGCUGCGUGAAAUAUUCUCCAGCUGUGGUGAAAUCGACUAUAUCCGCUGCUUACAGGAAGGCGAAAAGGGCUGCAAAGGCGUGGCCUAUGUGUGCUUCAAGAAGCCCGAUGCCGUGGGUCUGGCACUGGAGCUCAACCAGACACUGCUCGACGAUAGGCCAAUAAAUGUGGAACGCUAUUUGGUCAAGAAGUUGGGCGCCAAACAGGUGCGCGAUGCUGCUGCUUCGAAAUCAGGUCCUCCAUCGAAAUCAAAGACCAAGCAGAACUCAGUGGGUGCCAAGAAGCGUCUGGAUAAAAAGCAGCACAAGCAGAACGGCAAGCCAGCAGCGGCGCAGGGAGACAGUGCUGCGGCGGGCAGCAAAAAGAAAUCAGAGUAUCGGGGCGUCAAGGUUGAUGGCAUCAAAAAGGCCAAGAAGCCAAAGAAGAAGAGCAACGACCAGCUCAAUGCGAUGGCCAAGAAGAUUGCACCAAAGCCGAAAAACUAAUGUGAAGCUAGCCUAAGUCUUUAGUUUUAAAUUAGUGACAAUCUAAUUGAAAGGGUUGGACCUUUUCCAGUUAUAAUUUGACUCAAUUCCGAACACAAAACGAACCACCGGAACAAUCCCUCAAAAAUAUUGUACGAUUUCUUACAAGACUAUUUUUCCACACCCGAAACAUAAAUGCCAUUGCACUUUUUGUUCAAA